AUGAUCAGAACUAUAAUUUCAGAAAAACCAACUAUUGAAAACUCCAAACAACUAGAAGAAGUUGAUCAAUUACCAAAAGAAAUCAAUGUUAAAGAACAUCGAAAAUAUACUGUGAUAAUAUCAUAUAUCAUGGAAAAAAUAGGACAAGGCGAUAUAGUAGGACCAAAAAUCCUCGCUGCACAAAGAACAGACCAAUUAGAACCGAAUGAGACAUACUACAAAGGAAUCAUACGAGAAGCACAAGAGGAAUUAGACCUAAAAAUAGAUCAUUUACGAAUGCAACUUACUAUGAUACAUAACUAUCAUUCACAUAAUCAAAGUGAAACAAAACCAUUAUACAAACAUGAAGCAGUACUCGAAACAAACAAAGUAACCAUACCAAUUUGGUUAUAUCAUUUAACAGACAAAGAAAAGAAUUCUAUCAAGAAUAUGGAACCAAAUAUCCAGACAAACUUCAAAUAUUUAUCACAAAAAGAAGCGCAACACCUAUCUUCACACCAACAAUUCACAUGA